AUCAAUUCAAACCCAGAACAACGUCGAGUUGGAAACGAUACCCGGGAUCUACAUACAAUCAUGAAGAUCAAAAUGAUAUCUCGGUCUCUUGACGACCAUCUACCUUCCUCCUCCACCGCUCCACAUCCACUUCAAAGAAACCUUGCACCUCAUCUUCACCCAUUUGCCAAACCCCGUGAAUACACACGAGCUCUUACCGCAGCGAAAAUCGACAGGAUGUUCGCCAAACCUUUCGUUGGCGCUUUGAGUGGUCAUCAAGAUGGAGUUUAUUGUCUUGCGAAAGAUCCUCGAAGAGCUGCCGUGGUAGCUGGAGGAGGUGGUGAUGGCGAAGUUAUCGUUCACUCUCUUUCUUUACGUCGACCUCUGCUCAAAAUUCCCCAAGCGCAUAAGGGUAUGGUGGGAGGUAUGUGUUGGACAGCCGAAGCUAGAGAUGGGAAAAGAGGUCUUGUAACCGUUGGUAAACUCGAUGGUGUUAUCAAAGUCUGGAGAAGUGAAGCAUUUGCACCUGGUUUAAGAGAUAAAGAAGUUUUUGAAGGAAAUGAAUUCGGAGAAGGUUCUUCUGCUCAACCUUUAGAUGUUUUAGAUGUUGCUGGUGCAUUAGGAGAAGAUGGAUUUGAUUUCGAUGAAGAAGGUGGUGGUUUGAAUUUAGAUCAAGGAAAAAGAGAUUUGAUAGGAAGUCAAUUGGAACCUAGUAUGACAUAUGUGGGAAAGAAUGGAUUCAACGCUGUGGAUCAUCAUAGAGAAGAAAAUCAAUUCGCUACGGCAAGUAAUGUGGUUCAAAUUUGGGACGAAAUGAGAUCAACACCAUUAUCAACUUUAGCUUUUGGGAAUUCUCAAGAAACUGUGAGUAGUGUGAGGUUUAACCAAAGUGAAACCAGUGUAUUAGCCUCGGUUGGGAAUGAUAGGACCAUGUGUUUAUAUGAUAUCCGAACUGGAAAAGCAGAGAGAAGAAUAGUAAUGUCUUUUCGAUCAAAUCAACUUUCUUGGUGUCCAACUUUACCCACGGUCAUGUUACUCGCUUCGGAAGAUCAUAAUCUAUACACGUACGAUAUAAGAAAUCUUGAAACUCCCACGCAGAUAUAUAAAGGACACGUGGGGGGUGUCAUGGGAUGUGAUUGGAGUCCGACUGGGGAAGGAUUCGUUUCAGGCAGUUGGGAUCGAACUAUCCGUCUAUGGAAUAGAGAGUCUGGCAAGUCGAGGGAUGUAUAUCACACAAAACGGAUGCAACGAGUGUUCGACGUUGCAUAUACACCCACAGCAGACUUUGUCCUUUCAGCUUCUGAUGAUGGUAACGUCCGGAGAAUAUGGAAAUCGAACGCUUCUAAAAAACUUGGACCCGUAUCAACGAAAGAACGUCAAGCUAUAGAAUACCGGGAGGCGCUCAUCGAGCGAUGGGGCACCGUGGGAGACGUUCGAGCGGUACACGAGAGAAGACACGUGCCUUCCAGCGUUCACAGCACUAUCAAACUCAAGAGAGAUAUGGUGGAGAGCAUUAAGAGCAAAGAGGACAGAAGGAGAAAACAUUCUCGAGCGGGAUUGGAGAAACCGAAAGCGGAGAGAAAGAGUGAGUCGUUCGUGUUGAUCUGUGAGACUGUUACUGAUUUUACCCAGAAGCUGUCAUUGUGGAGCAGAAGUGAUCGGGGCAAUGUGUGUUAUAGUAUCUUCAACUUUAUGCAUCCAAGUAUUGACUUGUCUUGGAGCAUGCAGAGCACGACUAGAGCGCUUGCCUAG